UUCAGCAGUUGGAUGAGAAGCGUUUCAUACGGAGGAGAGGAACUCAGAUAACACGCAGUGUAGAUGGCUAAACAAUAGGAACUGUUUUCCAAAAAAGAAACAAAUAAGAUAUAGAUCGUAUUUUAUUUGUUAGUGACGUUGUGUACAGUUCGCAAAUUAAUUUAGUCGACCUCUAGAAAGCUCGAAAGGAGUUAUGAAAAACAACUGCUAACUUCUCGAGUAGCAACUCCAGUGCACGUAUUAUAACGUUAGCUAACGUAGUGCUCCAAAGUAAGUACUAAAUUGACCUAAAAAGGCAAACGACUGAAAUGAGCUCGUCAGUAGACUUUGUGUAACAGUUAAAGUUUAGCCGUGUCUGUAAAAGUUACCGUCUGCCCUGCAAACUUAACUUGUUAGUUUGUUAGCGAGAGAGCAGCGAUUUGCUCCGGUUGUCGGUCCAUGCGUGAGAGGGAGGGAUGUGUAGCCGCGGCGGAGUUGGGGUCGCCCGUGGCAGCUCUGGUAUGCAGCCGAUGAAGGCGACUGUCCCUUUCCAGCUUAACAACAACAGUAUUAGCAAACCCCAGUCGGCUCUGAGAGAUGCCAAACCAGUCUCUGAGAAACAGUUGUGGUGCUCACUAACUGGACAGAAUCCACACAGCCAUUCACUGGAUGCCAUUGUGGGCCCAUAUCUACAUGGACACUGGCCCAGGGAAGGAUCACACUACAAGAAGGACAAGUCCACUCAGACUCCAGCCUCGUGGGCGGACAACCAGCAGAGCAGUCCAGGGGGAGGCAGCCAUAAGCGCUCGGCAUCAUGGGGCAGUGCAGCACACAAAGAGGGGUUCAGGCAGCGCCAGCAGCAGCAGUGUGCUGUGGUCCUGGGGGGAAGUCUGGACAGGAGAAGGAUCCACGCGGUCACUCAGGCUGGCUCCGGUUCCCCACCCUGGAUCACCCAGAGCCAGCCUCUUCCCAUCCCUCUGAAUGGAGUCCACACUCGUCUCAGACACAGUGAGGAGAAGCUGGACCAGGAGCUGGAGACCAUCUUUAAACAGCACUCACUAUUACAAGAUUUCCUGGUCCCUAAUGGACGCAGAGGUCCAGUACCCCCAUACUGCAACUGCUGCGGCGAGCAUCAGACUUGCCUCUCCUCCUCCCCCUCCCCCUCUCCUUCCUCUUCUCCCGCCACGUCCAUACUCUCCUCCUCCUCCUCCUCCUCUCCUGAUCUGUCUUUGCCCUCAUCUCCUGUGACCUGCACCCUUGAUCCUGUCAGAGAGGUGUGUGGGGAGGAUGGGCUCUCUGCUCUCCCCCUGUUGGGCUCUCUGAGUCUGGACGACAGGGACACCUCUGCCCCCCCUGGGGUCACUCUAUCUGGGAACGACCAGGAUGACUCUGCCCCCUCUUUAGGCCUGGUGGUUGGGGUAGACGGGGACUCCUCUGCCCCCUGUCUUGGUCCUGUGUGUGCGGAGGAUGGGCCCGUGGCCAUAUUCUCCUCCUCCCCCCGUCCCAACAAGAGUGUGUGUUUCCAGAGGGAGCCACCCGAGGGUUGUGAGAAGGUCCCGGUGUGUGAGGAAGUCAUGUUCUCAGUCAAGUCCCAAUCCCGUGCACUUCCCUGUUGCCCUGACCCAGAUAAGGUCAACUUCACACCACGGAGAGGCUCCACUUUUUGCCCAGUCAGUCUGCACAAGCCCCUCCCAUCCUCCAUGGACUUCCUGUUUCACAGCCUAUCAGUGUCGCCUAUAUCUGAGCGGGCGGGACGCACAGGGACAGGAAGGCCCACUCCUGACUCUGCUGCCACUACCAAGAGAGAGAGAUGCCAGGAGCAAGACUGUGAUGGGUAGCGUAGCUCUGGUGUGUGUGUGUUUUGUGUGUGUGUGAGUGUGAGGGCGGGGGGGGGGGUGCUAUUAAUUCAUGAUGAAAGGAGAAACCUGAUCCCUGUCCUUCGUUGAAACUCUUGUGGGUUUUCUUUUUUUUUUGUUAGUCCUCUUGGAUCCCAGAGCUGUUUACUGAUGUGAGAAGUGAGUGUCGGCCUGUAUUUUGACAUCUGCCCAAAGAAAUGACGUGUUAAGAUGGGUGUGAGUCUUACAAAGGAAAUGCUAUGCAGCAUAUAUUACUAUCUCAAUAGAGACCAUUUUCCUGCCAAAGUGUUAACAGUACCAAAACUAUAAUAAAUAUGUUUUAAAGAUCACAAUCAUAGAAAAUCGACCAAAUUUCAUUGAGAAUAUUUAAGCAUUCCAUGUUGUGAGGCAUUCCUUUGUCAGAGAAGGAGAGACGAUGCUUUAAGACGGGUCUCGCAAGCGUUUGAGGUUCACCUUAACACAAAACAAAGACAAGGUGUUCAACAUGGUCAACACCAUAUUUUAACCAAUGACUACUGGGUUUGUGACUGCAACCCUGACUUAUCCACUUGUCAGACCCACCUCCCCCCCCCCACCUGUCUUCGGAGAGCUCGAAGAUGUAAGAGCUUUAAGAUGCUGGUUCUCAACAGUUGGCAGACCAGCCAUGUGUUGAAAGGGUAUGAUGAUUGCAUUUUGCUGCAAAAAAAAUGUAUGCUUUUGCUAUAAUGGCGCAAGAGACCUCACUUUUGAGUAAUGUGCAAAGUUUUUUUUUAAACUAAUAUCUUGGUUUAAGACCAUAUCAUAUUACAAUCUUCCUUAUUUAAAUAUGGUAUUUAUUGAUUUUGAAAGGGAUGUUGACAACCUUUCCUAUACAUGCCAGUAGUAUACCUCGCUGGGUAGUCUUUGAUUUCAUGUUUGGAAAUGCAAUGCAUUUCUGAUUGUUUUGUUCUACAAAGAUGAGAGUUGAGCGUUUUUUGUUUUCUUUCUUUUACAGGGUAGAUAGAUGUCUGUGAGAUGUUUUGCACUUUUUAGUUGGUAAUGUGUUGUGUUCAAACCUGUACUCUACUUGAAUUUACUUUUUGUUGUUAUAUCUGAAAAACAAAGAAAAAAAAUUAGACAGGAGAUUGUUGUACUGUCUGCAUAAGCUAUGAUCCUAGUACGCUGUGUGAAAAUGAAUGGAAUGUGCCAAUGUCACAUGCACUUAGGGUUUUCUUUCUUUACUUUUUGGUACUAUUGUUUUUUUAAAUGUUCUCCAAACUGGUCAGAUGACACUUAUGAUUUAAGGAAUAUUCACAUGGAUGGAUUCGUUGAUACUGCUUCCAUUGUUGUAAAAAUGUUUUGUUUCGUUUUGAACAAGAUAAAGACCUUUUUAGGAAUCUG